AUGGCAGAGUCCCCAUCGAAGAAACGACAGGCAAGCUUUUAUAUGCACUCGAUGCUAGCUGGAGGAAUUGCCGGGGGCGUUGCGAAAACUGCCGUUGCACCCCUGGAUCGUAUAAAGAUUUUGUUUCAAACACAUCACCAUGAGUACAAGCAGUUUUCUGGGGAUUGGCGCGGUGUCUAUCACGGCCUUCGUCACAUCAUUCAUAGCCAAGGUUUUCUGGCAUUGUAUCGGGGCAAUUCGUUGACGCUGGCUCGGGCCGUACCUCACGCCGCACUGGGAUACACAGUAUAUGACACGGUGUCGCAGAUUAUGAUGCCUACACCUCCAGACCAAACGCCUUUUCGUCGAAUGGUCGCAGGCUCCAUUGCAGGUGUUUCUGUCUUGCCAAUAACGUAUCCCUUCGAACUUGCUCGGGUGCGGAUGGCGAUUACGACGCAGCGCCUUGCCGGGCGACCUAGUAUUUCACAAGUCUUUCGCCACAUCUACAACGAAAAACCGUUGCUGACACCUGGUGGCAUGGCCAACUUCUACCGAGGUUUCGCUGUCACUCUCGCCGGCACGAUACCUUACCGCGGCGGCAUCUUCCUAGCUUGGGAAACACUCAAUCAAUACAGCAAUCGCCAUUUGUCUGCUCGAUUCCGUGAGCGACAUCGCCACAAACUUCAUUUGCUUAUUGGCGCGAUCGCGGGUACUUCGGCUCAAAUUAUCACAUACCCGCUCGAGGUUAUACGGCGCAUCCAGCAGGCCGGAGGCCAUGGGCUCUCAAACUCGAAUCAACCCCUAGGAGUCUGCCACACUAUGAGCACCAUCUGGCGGCUGAAUGGGUGGCGGGGAUAUUAUGUUGGACUGGGGAUUGGUUUAAUUAAGCAAGUACCCAUGCACAGUAUCUCGCUAUCCGUAUGGCAGGCCGCUAAGACCGUCCUCGGAAUAUAA